AUGCCGGAAAGUCAAGGGCUGGGCCGCAACUCAGAGGGGUGAGUGCAUUCAGUUCGUGGUUCAAUAUUUGGCGGCUGCACAACCACCAGUACCAUAGGAUCUUCUUAGAUGAGGCCCUCGGCAUGUCGGCUAACGUCGAAAACCGUCAAAAUCCGGGCCGUCAUUGCCUAAGGCGGAAUUUGUGCCAGCGGCAAGAAUUCUAUGGUUUUCGCGGAUCAAGGGGGCAAAAUUCUAGCGCCGCGUUAAUCUCGACUUUCUCGUACUUCUAUUGACUUAGCAGAACCUUGGCAAUGCAAAUUUGGCGUUCCAACUAGACUCAGCGCCGGCUCACAAGGCAAAAUCAACUCAGGACCCGGAAUGGGACCGAUUUUCCCGAUUUUAUUCCGUCUGCAAAAUGGCCGUCUGCGCGCCGGAUCUGAAUCCGAUGGACCAAAAAUUUUUUUAAAUUGGAGGCCAACGCCUGUACUACAUGCCACAAAUGUUUGGAGUCGCAAAGCAAUCGUUGCGCCAAGAACGGGACCAAAUUUCCCCAAAAACAGCUGCGGCCCCGAGCCCAAAAUUUUAAGUUACGUUUGGAGCUCUAUAUCGCCACCAAAGGCAGCCACUGUGAAACUGGCUUGACACGUUAUCAAUAAUCCUCUAUGUUACUGAUAUCCAUCGUUAGUUUUGUUAAAUUUUGUUUGGUAUAUAAAAUGUAGCCAUAAAAAAACAUGCAUUUUUUUUGGGACACCCUGUAUAUCAUAACUUUCUUCCAAAAAAAAAUUCGCAACUUUAUAACUCUUUUUUUUCAGCACCUAUAACGGCGAGAAACAAAACUCCCCGGUCUCCCAACUUUUCCGAGGCGUCACCUUCAAAGGAGACACCUAUAAAGGCACCCUCAUCUUCGGGAAUGUCAAAGGCGAGCAAGAGAUCAAAGCGGUCGGCAGUAUUGAAGGAGGAGCACCCAUUGCACUCCGGCAAGAUGCUGUUCUUGGGCUGAACUUCGGAGCCCAAUUAUCGACCGGCUAUGCGAUUAACCAGUUGUUGAGCAGAGCGCCGGCUGGCAAAAAAUCGGUCAUCUUCCGAAGAGGGCCUUUCGUGCAGCAGUUGGUAAGCGAGGAAUGGGUUACUGUGUUUGGUAAUAAGUGCAUAAAAAGUUGAAGAAAAAGUAAAAGAAGCCUUUUUUUCAUAUUCGAUUUACCGGGCCAGCCCUGGCCUGGAAGCCAUGGCUCUCCGAGACAUGACAAAACCCUUUUUCUAGAGGCUGAAAAACGUCAAAUUCUUGAAAAUUUUAUGUCGCGCUUCGCAGAGACAGCCGCGAUUUUCAACGAUCUUUACGGGCAAGAGGGUAGGCGGAAUGCGGGCUCUCAGAGAAAAAGGUUUUGGCUAUGUCUUUGUCCACUUCGUUUGAUACAAAGCUUUUUUAUGGAGGCGUUGUCCUUUACACAGUAAAAGACAGCAGAUUUUUUGAUGUCAAAACUUGCAAAAAAUGUUGAAUUUUUACCAAUUUCCCGACUAAAAAUCCCGUUUGUUUCAUCAAGAUGAGCGUUAGUAUUCUAUAAUAUUAGUUUAUGUCUUAUUGUUAGAAAAAAUAGUCUCAAUUUGCAAAUUGUUUGUUUCCUUUUCAGAAGACCGAAGAAUUCAGACUCCCAAGAGGCUCUUUUGUCAUCGGCGAUGACCAACUUUCAGGAUGUGGAAAUUUUACGUAUCAAGACACGAUUGACCAGAGCGGAUGGAACAUCAAGGCAAAGUGAGUUUGAAUUCAUUUUAGAAGCUUUUGCUGAUUUUUUGGACAAAAAAAAUCAAAAAGGAAAUAGGCAAAAAUGAAUAGGGAAUUGCUGAAAUAUUAAAAUAAAAUAAAAUUUAGAGUAAAAAUCGGCGAUGUUCAACUUGACGAGCAGACAAUUUCCUUCUCAUUCGACAAAACUUUCACCGUCCCAACGGAGCACAUCGACAAAUUCAAAGGCAAAACUGAGGAAACCUUGCCCGAAUUCUCCAUUGAAUUUAAUAACAAGCAAUUUGCGUUGAACAAAGAAAAUCUCCAGGACUAUCGCGAUGUGAGGCACGAAGUUCUGACUGUUCUGGUCGAAGAGGAAAACAGAGACAGCUUUUUGUUGGGCAAAAACUUCUUGAAGGAUUACUGUAUUGCCCUGAGGGCGAAGGAUGAUGCUUUGACCAAAUUCGAAGUGGGAUUAGCGCCAUUUGAGAAGCUAAAUUCUGAUCAGAAAUGGUCGUCGUAUGAUAAGGGAAAAAGCUCUAAGCAUGAGUACUCUGGAGGUAAGGAUUUUGAAAAAAAAUGAAAUAUUAGUAAAAAUAAUUAUUUAAUAAAGAUGUCACCUCAUAAAAAAAUCAAAAUUUAAUCUUCAGAGACCCCGUUGCUGGAUUUGAAAUUCAAGAAGGACGUGCCAGAUGAGUCAGCGAGCAAGGCCAUACUAACUUUAGCUGAGACACAAACGUUUGCUUUGGAGACCGGAUGUGCUGCCAAGGACACAUGCACGAAGUACCAACAUGACAAUGUCUAUGAUCCAAAGUAAGUAUAAUUUUUUAAGUUUGGCAAAAACAGAAAAAAAAAUCAUAAAUUAAAAUUUGUCGUAUAAAAUGUCACCUUACAUGUAAAAUAAAAAAUGAAAGUAUCUAAUCGCAUCUAACGCCUUAAAAUUACAGGAAAUACUCCGGAGUCGACGAUAACACUCCCUUUGAAGUUAAGUAUAAAGACUCGACUUUGAAGGGAAAGACGUACAACACCACGUUCAUCGCCGGCAAUUUCGAAGGGAUGUUGCAUGUCAGCACUGUUAGCGAAAUCACAGGUGACCCGGUGGACCUGUCUGCAGAUGCCGUGCUCGGCUUGGCAUUUACGGAGACCUCGACGUUCGCUAUGACCACAUUUUUGAACAAAGCUCCCUCGGAUAAAAAGAACAUCAUUGUGAGAAGAGGACCCUUCGUACAGAAGCUGGUAAGUGGCUUGGGAUUUUAUCUCUGUCAGGUCGUUAAAGGAUACAAAAAUGGCAACUGCACAGUGCAGAGUGAGCGAAAACUCACGUGCACGGUGCAGUCAAAGCGACAAAGAGAAAAAAAUUCUAUCGCGGGGACUGCACAGUGCGGAGCGAGCGAAAAGUUAUCUGCACGGUGCAGUCAAAGCGAUACAGAGUGAAACGCACGGUGCAGUUUGAAGAAAAGUUUAUCGCAAUGACUGCACAGUGCGGACCGAAUAAGAAGUCGUCUGCACGGUGCGGUCAAAGCGAUACAGAGUGAAACGCACGGUGCAGUUGGAAAAAAAGUAUCGCAAUGACUGCACCGUGCAGAGCAAACGAAAAGUCAUCUGCACGGUGCGGUCUAAGCGAUAAAGAGUGAAUCGCACGUGCAGUUCGAAAAAAGUUUAUCGCGGUGACUGCACCGUGCAGAGGAAACGAAAAGUCAUCUGCACGGUGCAGUCAAAGCGAUACAGAGUGAAUCGCACGUGCAGUUUGAAAAAAAGUAUCGCAAUGACUGCACCGUGCAGAGCAAACGAAAAGUCAUCUGCACGGUGCAGUCAAAACGAUAAAGGGUCCAUCGCACGGUGCAGCUCGAAAAAAAGUUUGUUGCGGUGAAUGCCCAGUGCAGAGCGAGUGAAAAGGCGUCUGCACAGUGCAGUUAACGCGAUAAAGAGUGAAUUGCACGUUGCAGUUUGAAAAAAAGUUUAUCGCGAUGACUGCACAGUGCUGAGCGAGCGAAAAGUUAUCUGCACGGUGCGGUCUAAGCGAUUAAGAGUGAAACGCACGGUGCAGUUCGAAAAAAAGUUUAUUGCGGUGACUGCACAGUGAUGAGCGAGCGAAAAGUUAUGUGCACCGUGCAGAAGUCAAAAAUAAGGAAUCGCACUGUGCAGUACGAAAAAAACUUCUGAAUUCAAAAUGAAAGACGAACUGCUCUGUCCGACUUUUUGCGAAAUUUAAUCGCGUUUUUUGGCCUAAAAGUACCAUUCCAAUUUGAUGUUACUUAUUGAUAAUAUUCAAUUUUCAGAAAGACCAAGAGAUCAAGGAAGCCAAGGGCACAAUUUUCAUUGGUGAGUACACCAAAGGUGUCGCUGGAUGUGGUGAUUUUGUCUGGAGGGACACCAUUAGCAAGGAAGGGUGGACUAUUAAGGCUGAGUAAGUCAGACAGCAUCAAAGUUGAAAGUUAUCUAGUUUUCACUUUUUCUGUCUAAAAUCUCUUCAUAAGACAUUUUUCUCGCUAAAAAUCGCUUUUUUUUACUUUCUUUUUUCAAAUAAAACCAUUUUUUCAGCGUGAAAAUCGAAGGAAUGGAUACUUUGAAAGACCAAAAAAUUGCCUUCUCAUUCGACGAGCUUUUCACCGUGCCAGAGGCACAAUUUGCCCUAUUCAAAGACAAGCUCGAAUCGGAGUUGCCCGACAUCACCAUCAUAUUCGAUGAUGCCGACAAGUUCGUUCUGAGCAAGCAAAAUCUCAAGAGUUUCGACGACGACAAGCACGAGAAGCUGAGUUUGUUGGUGCGGGGCGAGACACGGGACAGUUUCCUGCUGGGACGCAACUUUUUGAGCGACUUUUGUAUCGCGUUCUCCGCCGACAACAAAUUGUCGACAUUCCAAAUUGGACUGGCGCCAAUCACACGGCUUGAUUCGGAUUCGAAGUGGAUAAAAUAUGAUGAUGGUAAAGGAGAAGAUGAUGGCAAUGGAGAAGAUGGUGGCAAAGGUGGCAAGGACAAGGACAAGGAUAAAGAUGGCAAAGGCGCUUUCACUGCUUCCUCUUCGUUGGCUUUACAAGUCUUCUGCGCUUUGGCAACCGCCUUCAUCGCCAGACUUGCCCAGUAA